CUCACCUUCGUUUGUUGCAACUUGUUUGUACAUACAAUCAUUCGACGAUCUGUACCUUCGUUAGCCACUCAAAAUCGCCCACAAUGAAGUUCCUUAUCAACGCACUUCUCGUUUCCGGUGCUCUCGCCGCCGAUGUCUACCGCCGCCAAACGAUAGCAGAUGUGUCAUCAGCGAUCUCCGGUUUGACGUCCAAGGUCCAGGCUGUCGACAAGGCCGUUCAGGCAUUCAAUGGCGAUGCUCAGCAAGCAGUUGCCAUCCAGAGCGCUGCCAAGGACCUCAGCGACACUGUUGAUAAGGGCACAGCCGCUGCCAAGGGACUUCCGACACUCCAACAGCAGGAUGCUCUCGGCCUUGCUUCACCAGUCCAAGAUUUGUCGAAGGCUGUCAACCAGACCAUUGGCGAUUUGAUUGCCAAAAAGGAUGCCUUCGUGAAGGCUGGAUUGGGAGGAGCGGUCCGCGAAAUUCUCGAGGGACAGCAGAAGUCCGCUUCUGCCUUCGUGGACGCCAUCCUCAGCAAGCUUCCCGCUGAGCUCAAGCCCAUUGGCCAGCAAUUGGCCGCUCCCGUUAUCGACUCUAUCAAGACGGGUGUCGCAGCCUUUGCUGGUCUCAGCGGUAGCGUCGCCUCUGCCACGGCUAGUAUUUCGAAGGGUUCCACCGCAAGCUCCACCACAUCUACGGAUGCCGGCUCCGUGCCCAGCACCGCUGGCGGAUAUGGUGGACCAUCAGCACCACCAACCAACACCACGAGGAUCAUCACACCACCCGGCAACACGACCAACACCACCACCCCAAUUACUCCAUACACCGGUGCCGCCCCAUCAACGCUGGCUGCUUCCGCCGCAUCUGCCUUUGGCAUCUCUGCUCUGGUGGCCCUGGUUGGUCUUGUUGCGUACUAGAUGGACGUGGAUGACCUCUUGCAUUGGCUCGGUGUUCCGAAGGAAGGAUUCGCUGAACACAGACAAGGAAAAGAUUUCGUAUCUCUCCAAGCAAAGAAUGACUGACACGACAAGCGCCGGUCGACACCCACGGCACAUGGUAAUCAUAAUUUUCGAGGAGGAAAGCAUUUUCUAUUGCUAGCUAUGUAACAAGCUUGAAUAGGCUACUCAAAUAUCGUCAGCAUAACUGUCACUCUGUC